AUGGGGCCCGGAGCCAGGGUCUCCAAGGCCGCUUUGGCUACGAAGCUGCUGUCCCUGAGCGGCGUGUUCGCCGUGCACAAGCCCAAGGGGCCCACCUCAGCCGAGCUGCUGAAUCGGCUGAAGGAGAAGCUGCUGGCAGAAGCUGGGAUGCCUUCUCCAGAUUGGGUCAAGAGGAAAAAGCAGACUUUGAAAAUCGGGCAUGGAGGGACCCUGGACAGUGCAGCCCGAGGCGUGCUGGUGAUUGGAAUUGGAAGGGGAACAAAAAUGUUGACCAGUAUGUUGUCAGGAUCCAAGAGGUAUAUUGCCAUUGGAGAGCUGGGGAAAGCUACCGACACGCUGGAUUCCACAGGGAAAAUAACAGAAGAAAAACCUUAUGAUCAAAUAACACAAGAAGAUAUUGAAGGCAUUUUACAGAAAUUUACUGGGAAUAUAAUGCAGGUACCUCCCCUCUAUUCUGCAUUAAAGAAGGAUGGACAGAGACUUUCCACUCUGAUGAAGCGAGGGGAAGCAGUAGAAGCAAAACCUGCCAGGCCAGUUACGGUGUACAGCAUCUCCCUUCAGAAAUUCCAGCCACCGUUUUUCACGUUAGAUGUUGAGUGUGGAGGAGGUUUUUAUAUCAGAAGCUUGGUCAGUGACAUUGGCAAAGAGCUCUCCUCCUGCGCCAGCGUGCUGGAGCUGACGCGGACCAAACAGGGGCCUUUCACGCUGGAGGAGCACGCCCUGCCCGAAGACAAAUGGACCAUUGAGGACAUUGCACAGUCCCUGGAGCAUUGCUCCUCUCUUCAUCCGGCAGAGCUGGUGCUUAAGAAACCAAAGCCCGAGGAAUCUCAGGAACACGGCUUGAGCUGCGAAAAUAUAACCCUGAAUGAGACCAAGGGAGAAGACAGUGACAUUAAGACGUGUUAA